AUGCUCUCGAUCUUGUCAGCUACCACCUUCCCUCACCCGUCCUUGCACCAGGAUUUGAUCGUCACGGACAUCAUCAUGGCCGGCCUCAGAAAGAUGGUCCUUGCGGCCGCAUCGGCUUCAGCCGUCAGCGCCAUCUACGUCGACGGCAACAUCACAGCUCCGUGCGACUCGCCCGUCUACUGCUAUGGCGAGAUGCUCCACCAGAUUCAACUGGCCAAGCCCUUUGACGACUCCAAGACAUUCGUCGACAUGCCGGCUCUGAAGCCAUUGUCGCAGAUCCAGGCCGCCUUUGACCGCCUGGACAAGCCCCUGAGCAACAACUCGGCGCUCAACAACUUUCUGGACGAGUUCUUUGCCGAUGCGGGUGGCGAGCUCAGCGAGGUCGACAAGGCCGAUCUCGAGACUGACCCCGUCUUUCUCGACAAGAUCGACGACGAGGUAGUAAAGGAGUUUACCAACAAGGUCAUUGACAUUUGGCCCGACCUGACACGAAGAUACAGCGGCGCCGCCGCCUCCAACUGCACAAACUGCCCCAGCAGCUUCAUCCCCCUCAACCGCACCUUUGUGGUGGCUGGUGGGCGCUUCCGUGAGCCCUACUACUGGGACACGUACUGGAUCAUCGAGGGCCUCCUUAGGACUGGCGGCUCCUUCACGGACAUCUCACGCGAUAUCAUUGAGAACUUCCUCGACUUUGUCGACCAGUUCGGCUUCAUCCCCAACGGCGCGCGCAUCUACUACCUGAACCGCUCGCAGCCUCCCGUCCUGUCUCGCAUGGUGCAGGCGUACAUUGAGCACACCAACGACACCGACAUCCUCGAACGGGCUCUCCCCUUGCUGAUGAAGGAGCACGAGUUCUUCAGCGAGAACCGCACCAUUGACAUCGAGGGCCCCAACGGCACCACCUACACCCUCAACCGCUACGACGUCCGCAACAACCAGCCCCGGCCCGAGUCCUACAGCGAGGACUACGAGACAGCCACCAAUACCUCCUACUACUCGCACGACUCGGGCAUCAUCUACCCCGAGACGGAGCCGCUGAACGACACCGAGCGCGCCAACCUCUACUCCGCCCUUGCCUCGGGUGCCGAGUCGGGAUGGGACUACAGCUCGCGCUGGAUCGCGCGCCCACGCGACGCGGCCGAGGACGUCUACUUUCCCCUGCGCUCGCUCAACACCAACAACAUUGUCCCCGUUGACCUCAACUCCAUCAUGUACGCCAACGAGAUGGCCAUUGCGGGCUUCCUCAACCAGACGGGCAACGCCAGCGCGGCGGCCGAGUGGGAGGAGCUGGCGUACAACCGCUCCGAGGCCAUCCACGCGCUCAUGUGGAACGAGACGUACAUGUCCUACUUUGACUACAACCUCACCUCGGCGGCGCAGCACAUUUACGUGCCGGCCGACGACGACGUCUCGACGCUCGAGAGCAGCACCGCCCCCGAGGGCCACAUGGUCCUCUUCAGCGUGUCCCAGUUUUACCCCUUCUGGACGGGCGCGGCCCCCUCGUACAUCAAAAACAACCCGUUUGCCAUUGCGCAAAUCUACAAGCGCGUCGAGACCCUCCUCGACACCCGCAAGGGCGGCAUCCCCGCCACCAACUUCCGCACCGGCCAGCAGUGGGACCAGCCCUCCGUCUGGCCGCCUCUCAUGCACAUCCUCAUGGCCGGCCUGCAGAACACGCCCGCCACCUUUGGCGAGGACGACCCUGCGUACCAGCACGUCCACGAGAUCGCCCUCCGCCUCGGCCAGCGCUACCUCGACAGCACCUUUUGCACGUGGCGCGCCACGGGCGGCGCCACGUCCGAGACGCCCCAGCUCGAGGGCUUCACCGACCAGGACGUCGGCAUCAUGUUUGAAAAGUACGCCGACAACUCGACAAACAUUGCCGGCGGCGGUGGCGAGUACGAGGUCGUCGAGGGCUUUGGCUGGACGAAUGGCGUCCUCAUAUGGACCGUGGACGAGUUUGGCAACGAGCUCACGAGGCCCGACUGCGGCGACCUCGAGGCGGCUGACACCACCGAAGGCAAGAAGAGGAGUGCCCUGCAGCUCGCCCCUAGGGACGCGCAGAGGACAAAGAGAUUUGGCAAGAGGGCGGUGGAGAGGCAGCCGUGGUUCUAUGGGGUGUAG